GGGGGGGUCACAGCUCCCGCCGCCCCACGGAGACGGCGCUGGGGGCGGCCCCACCGGAAGUGUGGGGGUGGGAAGGGCUGCGCGGUCCUGUCAGGGAGCAGCGUGGAGGCACACGGUGGGUACGGGACGGACCGGACCGGACCGUGUGUAGGGCCCGGGUUUUCGAUCCAGCCUGGAACGCCACUUCCCGAGGGAUCAAGCCGGGGCCUGGUGCUGCCCGGCUCACCGGCACGGAGCCGCGGCUCUCCCCCAUUCCUCCCGCGGCAGCUGCCGUGCCGCGGAGGCGCCCCCGGCCUCGGGGGUAUCGCCCAGCGCCCCCUGACCUGUUCCCAUUGCUCAGGAGUGUGACCGGAGGGAGCCUCACCAGAUCCCUGCGAGCGACCGGACCCAGCGCCAUGGUGACAGAGGAGGAGGUGGCGGCCAUCGGCCGCACUCUGGUGGACGCGUCCCAGCCCCUGCCUGCCCGGUUCCGGGCGCUUUUCACUCUGCGGAACCUGGGCGGGCGAGCGGCCGUGGACUGGAUUAGCCGGGCCUUCGGGGACGGCUCCGCACUGCUGAAGCAUGAGCUGGCCUAUUGCCUGGGCCAGAUGGGUGAUGAGGCGGCCAUCCCUGUCCUCAUCCGAGUGCUGCAGGACACCAGCCAGGAGCCCAUGGUCAGGCACGAGGCGGGUGAAGCCCUGGGUGCUAUUGGGAAUCCUGAUGUGCUAGAUAUCCUGAAGUGCUAUUCAGAGGAUCCUGUGGUUGAGGUGGCAGAGACUUGUCAGCUGGCAGUGAGGAGGCUGGAGUGGCUGAAGGAGAACAAGCAGGAGCUGGGCACCAGCCCCUACCUCUCAGUGGAUCCUGCUCCACCUGCCGAGGAGUCAGACGUGGCUGAGCUCCACAGAACCCUCCUGGAUGAGUCCCGCUCUCUGUUCGACCGCUACAGGGCCAUGUUUGCCCUGAGGAACCUGGGGAGCCAGGAUGCUGUGCUGGCACUGGCAGAUGGGCUGGGCUGUGGCAGCGCUCUCUUCCGCCACGAGAUUGGGUUCGUGCUGGGUCAGAUGCAGCAGGAGGUCUGUGUCCCGCAGCUGACGGCUGCACUGCGCAGCCCCACCGAGAGCCCCAUGGUGCGACACGAGUGCGCUGAGGCCCUGGGCUCCAUUGCCCACCCCUCCUGCCUGGAGACCCUGCGUGCCUUCACCCAGGAUAAGGAGCGGGUAGUGCGGGAGAGCUGCCAGGUGGCUCUGGACAUGUAUGAGUAUGAGAACAGUGCUCAGUUUCAGUAUGCUGAUGGGCUCUGCAAGCUGCAGGCCUCUGCCUGAGGGGGGCACAGGCUGAGCUGGCUGCCUCCCACUCCGCUCUGCUUUCACUCCUGGCUCUGUUGAGGUAGAUCCGUGCCUUGUGGAGGCGGAGGAGGAAGUGGAUUUACUCUCUGGCACAAUUACAGCCACCUUCUCCCUCCAAACCAGGCUGAGCUACUACUUGCCCCCCUCCUCACCACCCCCAGUUCCCUGGAUCUGCCCCUUUCUCCCUGCCAGGAUCAGCACUGCCUACCCGCAGCCUGGCUCAGGGCUUGGACCAGGUGGGCUCUGUUCUGCACGUCGGAACCUGUCAUGGCUGUGUGGGGCCCAGGGCUCCUCUGGGAUUGUGUUGCUGUGGUGGGUGGCUCAGUGUGUGAAGAUGCUUCACUUGCUCCAGCUGGGCUUUGCUGGGGGCCAGGGCUGGCUUUGGGCAUUCACUCCUGUAGGCGUGAUGCCUCAAAAUCACCGUUGGUGCUGAGCCGGGUUCCUCCUCACCUCUGCAGUAGAGGAGCUGGGGUGGGUUUGGCCUCUCCUGUUAGGGCAGGCCAGGGCUGUGCUCACAGCAGCCUCUGCACUGGGAUGGAGGUUGUUUUAUGGCAAAGUUUGGAAGGCUUGGCUGCACUUUUUCUUUCUGCAGGGAAUGGGGCUGCCAUUAGGGCUCCCAGGAUGAGACCGGGCCUGUCUGGACUUUCCCUGCUUUUAACCAGAUUGGGGGGGGGCUGAGGGUGCUGUCUGCUGCCCUGGCCAAGCACCCACUGCCCCCAGACAGCCCAACCUGGGCACAGUGAGGAGCUGGCAGGCAAUAAAGUGCUGGUGGAGGGAGCUCCCA